AAUCUUCUUACGUCUUGUAGAUUGAGAUAUUCAUAAUUUUCAAUGGCCGACUUUGAUCAAUUUGAGAGUGCUAAUCCACCAAAUAUGGAAGAAGAUCCAGCAGCCGACUUUUUAGCUCGUGAACAGGAUGAAUUAGCCGGUCUAGAAGAUGAUAAUCCCACAGAAUCUGCUCCUCAAGAAGAUUUCAAUGCAUUUGGUGAAGAACAACCAGCCUCUUCCAAUCAGGAAGAUUUAUUCGGAGACAGUGGAUUGGAGGAUCCCGCCACUGGUGAUGCAGGAGGGGUUAACGGCGACUUGGAUGUAAGUUCACCUUUUGGCCAAUCAGAUGGCUUGUUAGAUAUGGGGAGUGGAAUUGGUGAUCAAUCAGGAGGCUUGUUAGAUUCUGGUAACCAAUCGGGUGGCUUGUUAGAUAUGGAUUCUGGUCCAAGUGAUUUUGGGGCCAGUGAACUAGCAUCCAAUGGGCCCAGUGAUGCUUACUCUGCUAUAUCUCAACAAGAUGUCGUCCGUAGUGAGCCAGAAAAAAUAAAGAAAUGGAGGGAGGAGCAGAAAGAGAGAUUAGAAAAGAAAGAUGCUGAAGAAGUUAAGAAGAAGGCUGACUGGCAGUCUGUAGCUAAGAAAGAACUUGAAGACUGGUACAAACAUCAUUCAGAACAACUCACUAAAACUCACAGCAAUAACUUAGUUGCAGAGAAGGCUUUCAUCAAAGAAAGAGAUGAAUCGGUACCAGGCCACGAAUGGGAGAAAAUCUGUCGCCUCUGUGAAUUUAACCCUAAGGUUGUCAAAUCAACUAAAGACGUCACACGCAUGCGUUCCAUUUUAUUACAGCUGAAACAAACACCAUUAGUCAAAUAGUAAAUCAAACUUAGCAUCAUUAGGGUUAAAGGCAUCUAAAUUUUUAGUAGCAAACCCAAUUUAAGGUUCCUGUAACACUUUUUAAAAUGGAAAUCUAAGGUGGGGUAUGUACAUAUGACUUCAUCUAAUUUUCAGUAACGAACCCAAUUUAAGGUACCUGUAUCACUUUUAAGAAAGGAAAUCUGAGAUCGGGUUAGUGUAAUUAGAUGACUUUAUCCCUAGAAUGAUAAUCAAUGCUUAGAAUUGAGAAAGUUCUUAUAUCGAAUUUUGAUUGGUCAGAAAUAUUUGAAUGAUCCAAUCAAAAUAUCUUAUGGACUUGAAUUUGAUUGGGUAUUAUUAUUGCAUAAGGCAAUUUUGAAUUUUGGUAAAUAUUUAAAACUUGGGUAGAAUUAUUUAGUAUUUAUAGCUGAAUUAUGUAGAAAAUUUUCAGAUUAUGGGGUUAUAGGACUAGCAAUUUCUGUACCAUCUUGUUGUCCUUUAACAAAGGUUAUCCGAGUGUAUCCCUUGAUGCCAUCAGCUAAUACUCUGGUUGGAGCAAGGGUCAAAAUUGAAAGACUCAUAAACCUUUGUUAAAGCUUAAAGAAUUAAGAUCAGAAGAUUUGCACUUUCGAAACAAAUUAUCAAAUGUCACUACCAUACUUGAUUGAUGAAAGGGUAUACGAGUUGAACUCAAACCUUUCAUACAGUAGCAGAGUACCCUUGAAAGUUUUUAAUUUUAUAGAGUCAAAUGUUAUAGUCAGUCAGUAAGACCCAGGGCUAGCUUUGGGCCUGGUUAAAGCAUGAAACUGAGUAGAUGUCUCUAUCAGUCUGCAAUGACUGAAUAUCUGUCUUUUGGUCAAAGGUUGGGUGUUGUCUGACUCGUGACCCCUUCACAAAUCAAGAUGGCCCCUAUCCUCACUCUAUUUUACUCUCAUUCCAUAUGUAUAUCUAUUUUAUUUGUAUUAUGUUUAUUAGCAAGACAUUGAAAUAUGUCACUUAGAAUAAAUAUAAACAAAAUGAU